GCAUCGUGCGUAAUCGUGCGUUUUGAUCUUGACAACAUCCGCAUUUUUCUUAUUUUUCACCUUACGAACGUAACAGUUUUUGCCAUUGUGAAACCUCGCUAUUUCUCCUAUAUAAUGCUUGACGCGGUGAUCAUUUGACCUCGUUGUUUGACGGCAUUGCUCCGUUGCGACGUUCACGGUCAACCGUACCCGAAGUUCACACGCUUCGCACUUCCAAACACGAUGAGUGAAAGCGACAAAAGACCCCAGUUCGGCCAACGCUAUCUGAAAGACGACAGCCGAGUAUUUGAACACAAUGCCUGGGACGACGUUUCCUGGACCGAAGAACAGCUGAACGCCGCCAAACAAAAGGUGGACGAGAACUCGGUCGUCAGAGUGGAACCAGCCGUCAGGGACCAAUACGAAGCUGAAGCAGCACAAUACUGGGACAAGUUCUACGGCAUUCACAGCAACCGAUUCUUCAAGGACCGGCACUGGCUGUUUGUGGAGUUUCCCGAGCUGCUGCCCAGAAACGCUCCUGCAAAGGAUGCACCGCAGGAUGACGACACGGAGGAAUACCCAGGCAAGGCAGCUUCACUAAGGAUUCUCGAGAUUGGCUGUGGUGUGGGAAAUACAGUGUUCCCCAUACUGGAAGUGAACAGGGACCCUGGCUUGUUUGUGUAUGGCUGUGACUUCUCGCCUACAGCAGUUUCUGUUCUGAAGGAACACAAGGACUACGAUGAAAAGCGGUGCCACGCUUUUGUCUGUGACGUGACCAAGACGUGGGAGGUGCCUUUCCCGGAGGAAAGCUUGGACUACGUAAUGCUCAUUUUCGUCCUUAGCGCCAUCAGCCCCGACAGGAUGCAACACGUCAUCGACUCAGUGGCUCGAUAUCUGAAGCCUGGAGGAAAGGUGAUCUUCAGAGACUACGGCCGCUACGACAUGGCACAGCUCAGAUUCAAGAAUGGCCGGUGCAUCGAGGACAACUUCUACGCUCGCGGCGAUGGAACCAGGGUGUACUUCUUCACUCAAGAUGAAUUGACGGAGAUGUUUGCCAAGAGCGGCUUCGAAGAGGAGCAGAACCACCUAGACCGAAGGCUGCAGGUCAACCGUGGAAAGUUGUUGCGCAUGUACAGAGUGUGGAUACAGGCUCGAUACAGAAAAAAAGAGGCCACCUCCUGACAAGCAGUAAUCGU